UUCAAAUAAAAGGCUCCACCACACCUCUCAAUCUACUCUCUAUCGUGUUUCUCUUCCAUUGUCAUUUCAGAUAACACACAAUAUAAUAAUGGCACUGCACUGUCUUUCAGAUCCUGUCUUUACGUUGAGGAGGCGCCAACCAGAGCUAAUAUCUCCGGCAAAGCCUACUCCUCAUGGCAUGAAGCUUUUAUCUGACUUAGAUGACCAAGAUGGCUUACCUGUCCAAACUCCAAUCGUACAAUUGUAUCGUUUUCAGCUUUCCAUGGCAGGAAAAGAUCCAGUCAAAGUGAUCAGAGAUGCGUUGGCUCAAACACUUCUGUUUUACUAUCCUUUCGCAGGAAGACUGAGGGAAGGUGAAGGUCGCAAACUUAUGGUGGAAUGUAACGAAGAAGGUGUCAUGUUCAUUGAGGCUGAUGCUGACGUCGCUCUUCAACAGUUUGGUGAUGAUCUUCAACCUCCAUUUCCAUGCUUUGAAGGUCUGCUUUACUCUCCUCUUGGUUCUGAUGGAAACCUUCACUGUCCUCUCGUGCUUAUUCAGGUAACACGUCUCAAGUGUGGUGGUUCCAUCUUAGCUCUUUGCAUGAAUCACAGUAUGAGUGAUGGACCUGGUAUUGUCCAAUUCAUGAAAGCCAUGGCCGAAAUAGCCAACGGAGCAAUUGAACCUUCAAUUCUACCUGUAUGGCAUGGAGAGCUUUUAAACGUAAGAGACUUACCAAACAUUACAUGCACUCAUCAUGAGUAUCGUGAAAUGGUUGGCAACAACCCCCUUUCUAUCAUAGACAUGGUCCAUCACUCUUUCUUCUUCAGACCCACUGAGGUUUCUUCCCUCCGUAGAUUUAAUAUACUCCCCGACCACCUAUCUCUCUCCACCUCAUAUGACGUCGUCACGACAUGCCUUUGGUGUUGCCAUACAAAAGCCUUACAACUUGACCCCCUCAAAGAAGUUCGUGUCAUGCUUAUCACCAACGCACGUUCGGGACGUAAUAACAGAUUCAACCCUCCAUUACCAGAAGGUUACUAUGGGAAUGCCUUCGUGUAUCCAACUGCAAUUUCCACUAUCGGGAAGCUCUGUAAGAGUCCAUUAGGGUUUGCGUUGGAGGUAGGGAUGAAAGCGAAAGAUGAAGUGAAUGAUGAGUAUUUUCACUCUGUGGCUGAUCUUAUGGUGGUAAGAGGACGACGAAGCUUCACGACAGUAAGAUCAUCGUUUAUGGUAUCGGAUCUGUCACGUCUUGGAUUUAAAGACGUUGAUUUUGGUUGGGGCAAGGCAGUGUAUGGUGGUGUUGCAAUGAGUGGACUUGGGACAUUUUCAGGACUAGGUUUCUAUGUUGGAUUUAGAAACAGUAAGGGAGAAGAAGGAAGAGUUAUACCUAUGUGCUUGCCGCUUGAAUGCAUGGAUAGGUUUGCUAAAGAGUUGGAUCUUAUACAUAAAGGUCUGGAGUGA